AUGAAGACCCUAGCCCGCCCUCAUGUCAUCGUCGUCGGCGGUGGCAUCGUCGGUGCCUCCAUCGCCUGGCACCUGGCUCGCGAGACUACGGUGACCAUCGUCGCCGAAGAUGUUGGAGGCCCAGCUUCCGCAGCCUCUUUUGCAUGGCUCAACGCCAGCUCGGCCAACGAAAAGUUCUACUAUGAAUUUCGCCGUCGUUCCUUGGAGCGAUGGAAGCAGAUCAGGCUCCAGCUUCCUGACCUCCCAAUUUCUUGGAGCGGGUCGCUAAACUGGCACAAGUCGCCCGAAGAUCUUGUGAAGAAGGAGAAGAAUCUCAGCGCCUGGGGCUACGACGUUGUCCGCAUGCAAAAAUCUCAAAUCGCCGAGCGAGAACCCUUCAUCGACGCAUGUAUCCUCCCAGAAUGGGGUCUCUGCUAUCCCGAGGAGGGUGCCAUUGAAGCGCACAUUGCCGCUCGCCAGCUGAUAGCCGACGCAGAAGCCAAAGGCACCAAGUUGAUCAGAACUACAGCCAAGGGGUUUUGCAAGAACAACGGACGCGUCAGUGGAGUUGUUUUGGCCUCUGGGGAAGAGGUGCAGGGCGAUCACGUUGUUGUCGCCGCUGGCUUGGGCAGCGUGUCUCUUCUGGCAAGUGAAGAGCUAACACUCCCGGUCACCCGUGUACCUGCUUUGCUCGUGAAUUCGAAACCUACAGAGGAGAAGCUGGUGAACGAGGUUGUCAACUCCAAGUAUUUAUACGUGCGUCAAACGCCUGAUGGUGUCAUCCGGGCGGGUUGCGAGUAUCCAGGCGAUGACCCGGGUGAUGAUCCGGAGCAAACAGCGCGUGACGUCUUCGCAAACAUUCGGCAGACGUUGGUUGGCGGGAGCAACCUCGAGUUCGAUCACUAUACUAUUGGACACAAGCCGGUCCCCGAGGAUGCGCUGCCUAUCAUUGGACCGACCGGCCUUGAUGCCCUCAGUAUUGCAGUCAUGCACUCUGGGGUAACAAAUGCUGCCAUAGUCGGAGAACUGCUCAGCAAGCAGAUCUUGACGGGCGAGACUGAUCCAGCGCUCGUCAACUUUCGGCUCGACCGAUUUGCCAGGUAG